UUGACUUCCCAAAACCACAAGGCUAGGGUUUUGACUUUUCAUUGUUAGGGUUCUACCAUCACCAUGAAAACGACUGCCGAAGAUUCAUCUGAAGAAGCUCCAUCCACACAUGUUGUCCUAUCCAACCAUGACCUCUUGAUCGAAAUCUUACUCCGUUUACCAGUUGUCUCACUUCACGUCUUCAAAUCCGUAUCCAAACGCUGGUUAUCCAUUAUUACAAACCCUAAUUUCACUCUCCGCCAUUCCCCGUUUGGUCUCUUUCUACCGCGACAAAGUUUCUCUGAAUAUGAUUUCGUCCAGUUGUAUAACAUUAUUCCCGCCAACAGAUCUCCAUUACCCACCACCUUCACUCUUAAAUUUGACUCACAUAAAGCUGAGAUUUUGCACUCUUGCAAUGGUUUGCUUCUUUGCCGUGUAAGGCCUGAUAAGUUGUACGUAUACAAUCCAUCGAUAUAUCGGUUUAAAGCGGUUGAAGUGAUUCCAGAGUGUCGUGUUAUGGGUAGUUUUAAAAUGGCUUUUGAUCCUUCUAAAUCAUCUCAUUACAAAAUAGUGUAUGCUGGAGUAGUAAGUGGUUCAGUUCAAAUAGGAACAUAUUCUUCAGAAACAUGCGAGUGGAAGAUUUGUAAGGAUCAAUUUCCGCUUCAACGUUUUAGAGGUUUCCACCAAGGAAUAUAUUGGAAUGAUGCCAUUCAUUGGCUCCAUAAUGCGAAUAGGGCUUUGCAUUGCAGGUUAGAUGUUGAGCAUAAGUGUUUAACAAGCAUAAAUACACCUAAAAUAUUGGAUGGUAAGGAGGUGCAUUGCGAUCAAAGGUUGUUCGAGUCUCACGGUUGUUUGCUUCUUCUUUGUAUUGAUUUGCAACGGAUGAGUAUUUACGAGAUGAGGGAAGGGGAUUCUGGGUGGUCGGUGAAGUACAUUGUAAAUCUUGUGGAGUUUAUGAUGCUUUUGCCCAAAACCUGGAGGAAGGGACUAAGGUGCCUUUGUUCGAACCAUGUUCGAUGUAUUAUGAUCGGGAAGAGAGAAGAGGAUUCGUUCCUUGUGAUGGAGAUAUAUGGAAAGAUAGUACAAUACAAGAUCGCGUUAAAGACUCUCCGUAAGCUCUAUGAACUGGAAUCGUUUCACUCCCCGGUUAGCUUUCAGUUCAUUGCAUCUGUUGCUGGUGUGUGAUUCUGCUUUAUGGUUUCAGGUGCUGCUAAGCUUACUGAUUAUGCAUUUCAGGCGUGAAACAUGAUGGUUCAUGCAA